ACACACACACAGUUACAAAACAGAGGGGCAGCCAUUAAAGUUCACGUGUGACAUGCUGCGAUAUUAUGCAAACACUGGAGUUCCUGCACUGCAACAUUAAACAGUGAAUCUCACAGGAGGGAAACAUGAAAACAAGACAGGCGAAGUCAGCAGAUGAAUCUGAAUCAAAGGGAAGAGUGAAGAAAAGAGCCGGGGAGAACUCUGGUCCAGCUCUCUCCAAAAAACUACGAGAAAGAAAAGUUGGAGAAACAUCCAAACAAGUGCCUCCUCUCAAGUCUACAGGAGUCCAGAAGAGAGCAGGGUAUGGGAGCAUCCUGCACUACCUUUACAAGAGCACUCUGGGACAAAGUCUUCACUCACAGAUGAAACAGUGUCUUCAGGAACCUUUUGUCCGCUCGCUGUCUUCAUAUCAGUUCCACGGGUCCACCAGCCCCUUCGACCGCAGGAUCACCUGUCUGGAGUGGCAUCCCACUCACCUCACCACUCUGGCUGUGGGCUCCAAAGGUGGAGACAUAUAUCUGUGGGACUUUGAGGCGCCUGGGAAGAAAACCUUUCUCCAAGGGAACGGAGCAGGAGACUUUAUUGGAGGGAUGAAAUUUUGCCCUUCAGACCCCUCCAAAGUUAUUGUGGCUUCUGGUGAGGGCACACUAAACAUGCUGAGCUUUGAGGGCCGCCCACCCACCGUUCUGUCCCGAACUCAAGACUGUGGCCACGAUCGCCACAAUGUUUGUCACUGGUACUGCUGCGUGGAUGUGUCUGUAAGUCGACAGAUGCUUGUGACAGGGGACAAUGUGGGACAGCUCGUACUCCUGGGUUUGGACGGCCAAAAGGUUCAUCACAAGAUUUUCAGUGAGAAGUUGCACAAAGCCAAAGUUACCCAUGCAGAGUUCAACUCCCGCUGUGAUUGGUUGUUGGCGACCGCAUCAGUCGACCACACGGUGAAACUUUGGGACCUGAGGAACAUCAAAGACAAGAAGAGCUUCCUCCACGAGAUGCCGCAUGAUAAAGCUGUCAACUCAGCCUAUUUCAACCCUCUGGACUGCUCCAAGUUGCUCACCACAGAUCAGUACGACCAGAUCCGGAUCUACUCCUCUCCUGAUUGGUCGAAGCCUCAACAUAUCAUCCAACAUCCACACAGACAGUUUCAGCAUCUCACGCCCAUCAAGGCCACAUGGCACCCUGUCUAUGACCUCAUCAUGGCGGGCCGUUACCCCGACGACCGGGUUUGCCCCGGAGACCAGAGGACCAUCGACAUCUUUGACUCCAACACAGCAGAGCUCGUGUGUCAGCUGCAAGAUCCCGCCGUCUCAGGGAUCAAAUCUGUAAAUAAAUUCAGUCCAAUGGGUGAUGUGAUUGGAUCUGGAAUGGGUGUGUCGGUGCUGGUCUGGAAUAGAAACAGGUUGUUGAUGAGCGAUGAGUCCACAGCGCAGGAGGAAACUUCUGCCUCAGCGGAAAGUUCAGGAAGCCAGCGGAGAAAUCGGCAGCGCCCCAGCAGGGAGAGGAGAGGACCGGCUCUGGAUGCAAAGCUCAAGAAGAAACUGGCUUCUCUGGAAGAAACGGAAACCAAGACCAAGACUAAGACUAAGAGUAUUAAAGAAAAGCUAGCAGAGAUGAGGAAGAAAUAAACUAUACAAUAGUGUAGAUCUGAUCCAUCGACUGAAGCCUUUCUCAACCAUUGGGCCACAGCCUAUUGGUGGACCUCCGAGCACCAUAUGUGUCUUCUGAGAUUAAACUAAGAAUGCCUUCAACCUAUUGGACUGUAAUUGACCAACACUGUACACUUUGAUUACAUUUAAAAGGGAAACUAUAUUUAUUUCCAUUUUCUAUUUUCCUUCAAUUUUCCAUUUUCCUUUUGGAAAACAAGAGGCAAGAGCUUUUAUCUUGAAACAUGUUAUGUUAUUCAUGCAAUAGUAGAACUGUCCAUGUCUAUACAUUCCUUUGUAUUUCAGUGUUCUUUAUGUCUCAAAUUCAGGUUCAAAUGCAAACAUGUUCUUUUAUAGUGUAACGUUUUUUUAUACUUCAAUAAAAAUGACAACAUUAUA